AUGAACAACAUUACCGACGGUAUCACAGCUGAGGCCAAGGCCAAUAUGCUUGCAAACCUACAAAUCGAAAUCGACUCACGGACAGAGAAGUUGCGAGCGCAGUGCGACGCGCAGUGUGCGAGCAUGCAGUCGCGCCUUGAGCGACGCGUCAACCGCAUCCCAGUCGUGACGCGCCAAACCACACUUCUCCAACUUCUUAAGGCGUCCGCUCCAGCGCCACCUGUCGUCGUCGCUGCUCCUCCAGCAAAGCCUGCGCCCACCAAGAAGGCAACUGCGACUGCCACACGCAAGGCGCGCACUGCCCCCACCACUGGUCCCUCUUCAAGGCCUGCAUCCGUUCAAGAGGAACGCGUCAAAACUGCCACCAAAGCAACCAAGCCAACUCCCGCAUAUGCCAAGGCAACAAAGAACACUCGAGCCAAGAAGCGCAGCAGUGACGAAAUGUCUGGGGAGGACAAGGCUGGUGAAGAUAAGGAGAAUACCGACCUUCCAAUACCCAAGAAGCGCACAAGGACUCUUACCCAGAAGCCUGCUGCGCCUACCGCCACCGUACGGUCAACCCGUGCUGCCUCCCGAACCAAGCCUUCUGCUGCUGCCCAUGUGUUAUCGCCAAAAACCAAUGCCGCCAACGUCCGAAAGCCUACUGCGCGUAGCGCCCGCCCCAGGUAG